AACCCAUCCGUCUGAGACUAUGGCGACGACCGCGUCUCCCUCGGGCCACAUCCGCAAACGACAAUACCAACCUUCCAUCACCUCAUACUACAGCGCCGACGGCUCGCGAUCACAGUCUUCGAGAUCACCGCUCUCACCUCCGCUACCCGACGAAGUCCAGUCGUCACUGCUGAGUGUUGGCCUACGCGUGCGGAAGUCAUUGGCUGAGGGCUACAAAACGCAAAAGUCUCUGGCUGCGGAUAGCUUCCCUUUCCCGAGUACGGCACCUCCACCGUCCACGGCACCGACAAGGUCAGAUCACAGUGAACGGACGAGAGAACUCACGCCGUUUUGCGGGCUGCACAAAACGGGUGGGUGGGCAUCGCAGCCGGAGGCUUACGUGCCGCCCUCGUCUGCGCCUCCUGUCUUGCAGCGCGACGAAGAACACCUGCCUGCACUGACGACAUCGCAAUUGACGCUGCCUUCUUCUACGCAGAGUAGCUUCGGUUCGACUUCAGCGCCGGAGACAAAUGGAACCAAGAAGCGGACGUUCGAGGACGAAAUGGAGGACGACCUGGACGAACUGUUUGAUGAGAUGGAUGCUGCAGGACCGUCCAGCAGUAUUCGACGUCUUGCCAAGCCGAAGGCAACCUUGAGGCGAGCGGCAACGGAUGGCGUACUGCUCGACGUUGGGCAUGAGGACUUCGAAGAAGCAGCCUUCUUGGCUCCGAUGGACGUCGAUGAGUAGACUGGCAGGCAGUUGAGGCUCUGCAGCUAUGGUUUCCAUGCACGGCUUUUAGCGUGGCGUAUGGGUUUGGGAUGCUGUGAUACUAGAUAACCCAUGAGCGAUGAAAUCCUGUACAGUGUCUACGUGUUACGUUGAUAUGAAGCUGAACUAAAGCUACGCCG